AUGAGGUUUAGUGAACCUCUAUCAUUCUCUUCAUUGUUUGCCUACCUUUAUUUCAUGAUAAGAGAUUUUAAAAUAGCUGAAACUGAAGAUCAAAUCCCCAAAUUUUCCGGUUAUUUAGCAUCAAGUUAUGCGUUUUGUCAAUUUUUAUUUAGCGUAAGAUGGGGGAAGCUAAGCGAUAAGGUUGGUAGGAAACCUAUAUUGAUGUGUGGUCUUGUGGGUACUGCCACUUCCAUGUUAUGCUUUGGAUUUUCCAAGAAUUUCUAUUUCGCUUUAUUUGCCAGAUGCUUGCAGGGAACUUUGAAUGCCAAUGCUUCCAUUUACAGAACAGUAUUAGGAGAAUGCUGUAAGAAGAAAUACCAAGCUAUUGCAUUUUCAUUGAUGCCUUUAUUGUUCAAUUUAGGUAGUGUCAUAGGUCCCUUGAUUGGUUCUUCUCCCUACUUGACCAGACCAAAAGCCGAAAAUCCUUAUAAGGAUGCUACAAAAGUUGAUAUCCUGGGUUUGAAAGAUUUUCACAAUUGGUUUUUAGAUACUUAUCCAUAUGCAUUGUCUAACAUUGUCAUUGCAUGUUUCUUAUGCUUUUCAUUAAUCAUUGGAUUCUUAUUUUUAGAGGAAACUCACGAAGCGUAUAAGGAUAAGAGAGAUAUUGGUUUGGAGAUUGGAGAUUGGAUUUUAAGAAAGUUGGGAUUUGAAAUCAAACCAAGACCUUGGGCAAGACAUCGCGGUGCUAUUGAUGAAUCUACAAGCUUGUUAGAAUCAACUGGAAGCGAAUUAUCCAAUAACUCAGAGAGUUCACUCAUCGAGGAAGAAAAACCAAUCAUUUUCAACAGACAGGUGAUAUUGGCUAUUUCAUCGAAUGUUAUCCUUUCCCUGCAUUCAAUCGUAUUCCUGGAAUUCGUGCCUGUCUUCUUAGGAAGUGAAUUCAAACCUGAUAUCAAGUUUCCUUUCAAGAUUUUCGGGGGUUUUGGUUUUAGUGCCUCUGCUAUUGGUACUUUGUUCUCUAGUACGGGUAUCAUGGGGAUGCUUAUCAUUUUGAUUAUUUUCCCCUGGUUGGAUAAAAAACUAGGAACGUUGAGAGGUUAUAGGUUUUCAUUAUCUAUUUUGCCUUGGAUAUACUUUUUCUUACCUUGGUCCAUAUUCACAUUGCAUAAAUACAAUCCAAACUUCCCAACUUGGUUAACACCAGCUGUAUUAUAUAGUAUUACAUCUUUAAGAACUUUAGCCAAUGCUACAGGAUUACCACAAAUCAUGUUAAUUAGUCAUAGGUCUGCUCAUAAAAAUCAUCGUGCAUAUGUCAACAGUUUCAACAUGAGUAUGUUAGCAUUAUCAAGAUUCUUGGGUCCAACCAUUUUCGGUUACAUCAUGAGUUAUAGUGAUAAUAUGCAGAUUGAAUGGCUUGGAUGGUGGAUCUUGGGGUUAUUAUCAAUCUUUGGCUUCUUACAAUCAUUCAUGUUAGAAGAUGGUGAAGAUUAA